CUGACCGACUUAAGAAACGAAAAUAUGAAUUUCCCUCGCUUAUAUAAAGAACUGUAACGAAACCCAAAUGAUCACAAUUUCUCUCACUCUUUAAAGUUUAAAGCCCCCCUCCAUUUGCAGAUUUUUUUUCAAUUUAGAAACCCAACAUUCUACUCUUCAUCACUCAUACAAACACACACACACAAUCGGAGGAGGGAGAGAGAGAGAGAGAGAGGGAAAAUCUUCACAAGCUUUCAAAGAGCAGGGUCAUCGAUUUAUCCAAGAUCUCUUGGAGUAGAAAUUUGAAGGGAAUCAGUGAAUCUUGAGAAGUCAAUCCAAAUUUUGAAUCUUUCAAGGGUGCACUUCUUGAAAUCCUCUUCUAAAAUCAAACUUCUUGGUUUAUUUCCAAAUGGAUGUGGAACCGAAGAUACAGGCCCAGAAGGACCUUGAAGCUGAUCUUGAACCUGAAGCAAGCCAACUCAACCCCACUGUUAUACAGAACCUCUCUCUGUUCUUUCAAGAAGUGGAUGCAAUCAAGGCUGAAAUAAAGGAAAUCACCAAUCUGUUGUUUGAUCUUGAACACCUGAAUGAAGAGGCAAUGUCCACCCAUAGCACCCAGAUUCUUUGCAGAUUGAGAGACCGAAUGGAAUCAGACAUGCUCACUGUACUUGGCAAAGACAAGAUUGUCAAGGAAAGGCUAGAAGAACUCGAUCAAUCCAAUGUGCUCAAUUGCAGAGUCUCAGAAGCAUGUAAAGAGGGAGGCUCUAUUGAUAGGACAAGGAUGUUAGUCACAAGUGGUCUGAGAGUCAAGCUCAGGGACAUGGUGAAUGAUUUUCAAUCCUUGAGAGAAAAGAUUCUAUUAGAUCACAAGGAAGAUCUCAAGAGGAGUUACAACACUGAAACUGGUGAAGUGCGGGGUCAGGAGGCGAUUGACAUGAUGAUUUCAGGGUCUUCUCCAUGUGGUAGUGAGAAAGACGAAGUUGGGGUAGAGAUUCUAGAGAAGCCAGACCUCUCAAAGUGUCCAAGGGUUACUCCAAGUUAUCGGGAUUUGAACAUGAACCAAUAUUUAGCUUCAGCAAGCAAGAGAACAGAAAUUGAUCGUCAAGUCUUGAAUGACAGGUUCAUUUGUGUCAAUUUGGAUACCAAGCGCAGUCUUAGAGAGACGACAAACAGUCUGGUUGAGAACAAUGAGAAGUUUCUGAACAAGUUUGAAGAUGAAAAACUAGAGGAGGAUAUGUUUGUGGCAACAUUGAGUUCAGCGGCUGAGCGUGCGGAGGAGAGGCUUCGGCAAAAGCUAGAGGAGUGGAAGCUGGGGGCCCAUUGAAUAUUGCAUACGGAUAUGCAAAGCUUGAUACCUGUUCAAUGUGCUCAUGACAACCUUG